AUGCCACCAGAAGCGAGCCGCCGCCCCGGGCUGUCGGCGGGACAGGUGGCCGCGGCAUCCUCACGCCUGCUGCCGUUGCUGCUGCUCACCUGCUGCGCGGGCGCCUGCCGAGGUGCUCCAUUACCUCAAGGAUUAAGGCCUGAACAAGAACUACAGCUGUGGAAUGAGAUAGAUGAUGCUUGUUCAUCUUUCCUGUCCAUUAAUUCUCAGCCUCAGGCAUCCAGUGCAUUGGAGGAGCUUUGCUUUAUGAUUAUGGGGAUUCUACCAAAGCCUCAGGAACUAGAUGAAAAAGAUAAUACCAAAAGGUUCCUAUUUCAUUAUUCGAAGACACAGAAGUUGGGUAAUUCAAAUGUUGUGUCGUCUGUUGUGCAUCCGUUGCUGCAGCUCAUUCCUCAACUGCAUGAGAGAAGAAUGAAGAGAUUCAAAGUGGACGAAGAAUUUCAAGGUCCUGUUGUAAGUCGAAGUAGAGGAUACUUUUUAUUCAGGCCACGCAAUGGAAGAAGGUCAUCAGGUUUUAAUUAAAAUGGAUGCCAACUAAUUUUUCAAAGAAGAAAUGCCAUGGAAUACAAAGUAUACCAACAUUUUGUUUUCUUAAAAACAAUCCUGGCUUACUUUACCAUGUUUGAGAAUUCCUGUGUUGUAAACAUUCUCAGUAAAAG